GGGGAGGCGCGCGGGGAGCUCUGUCCGCAUCUUCCUUGUCUGCUUCGGUGCUGCACCUCGACCUCCGCGUCCCGCGCUUUGCAGACGCCGUGCAGACGCUCGCUCGGGACCGCAGUGUAUCAUAAUUGGAGAAAAAUGAUGGAAGAGAGUGGAAUAGAGACAACCCCGCCUGGGACACCUCCACCAAACCCUGCAGGCCUGGCUGCCACUGCCAUGAGCGCCUCUGCCAGCCCAGCUCCUCUGGCCGCAACCAGUUCAUUUUCUUCUGCCAACGUGUCCACCCUGGAGUCCUUGGCGCCGCACGCCUACUCCACUCCUCAGCCGUCCCUGGCUCCUGGCAAGCCGUCAGCGCCUCUUGUGCCUCCUUCCCCAGUUCCUUCUGUUCCACCACUUGGGACUUCUCUGCCACCUCCCAUGUCCUCGGCACCUGCCGCAGCUUUCAGUAACCCUCCUCUGCCCCACCUGCCCCCUUCCACCUCCGCUCCAGGAACUCUGUUGUCUGCUGCCGCUUCCGGCCCUCCCAUCUCAGGGUUUUCUGUUGGUUCGUCCUACGACAUCACGAGGGGACACGCAGGAAGAGCGCCGCAGACGCCCCUCAUGCCAUCCUUUGCUGCACCUCCGGUGACAGGUAUUUUGCCAACCCCCAUUACUCAGCAAGCCAGUUUGACAUCUCUGGCGCCGGGAAUGGGGACCCCGUCAGCCAUUACCUUCCCGGAGGAACAGGAAGAUCCUAGGAUCAGUCAAGGACAGGAUGAAGCGUCUGCCGGAGGAAUCUGGGGUUUUAUUAAGGGUGUGGCUGGGAAUCCUAUGGUGAAAUCUGUGCUUGAUAAGACAAAACAUUCAGUUGAAAGUAUGAUUACAACGCUGGACCCUGGCAUGGCUCCAUAUAUCAAAUCUGGAGGUGAACUGGAUAUUGUGGUGACCUCAAACAAAGAAGUUAAAGUGGCAGCUGUCCGCGAUGCCUUCCAGGAGGUGUUUGGCUUGGCUAUGGUUGUAGGGGAAGCCGGACAGUCCAACAUCGCCCCACAACCAGUGGGCUACGCAGCUGGCCUCAAGGGCGCCCAGGAACGUAUAGACAGUCUGCGUCGCUCAGGAGUGAUCCACGAGAAGCAGACUGCCGUGUCGGUGGAAAACUUCAUUGCAGAAUUGCUGCCUGACAAAUGGUUUGACAUUGGCUGUUUGGUGGUUGAAGAUCCCGUGCACGGCAUUCAUCUAGAAGCAUUUACACAGGCCACACCAGUGCCUCUGGAAUUUGUACAACAGGCUCAGAGUCUGACUCCCCAGGACUACAAUCUGAGAUGGUCAGGCCUUCUGGUGACAGUAGGCGAAGUCCUGGAAAAAAGUUUAAUCAAUGUCAGCCGGACUGAUUGGCACAUGGCUUUCACUGGUGUGUCCCGUCGGCAGAUGAUCUACAGCGCAGCCAAAGCGAUCGCAGGCAUGUAUAAGCAGCGCCUGCCCCCCAGGACCGUGUGAGCCAGGCUGUCAGGCUCGUGGAUGGGAAGUCUCGUCUGAAUCCAGCAUUUUGAUAAUUAUCCUAUAGGCUGCCAUUUUUCUUUGUGUAGCAAGACAUGGUGUUAGUCUAAUUGGUAAGAAGAAACGUGCUUUUUAUAGUCAUGUAAUUUCACAUGUGAUAGUUCUCAAAAAAAAAAAAACGCAAAUAUAUUUAUAGCACAAUUUAUUAUCUCAGAUUUAUAAGGUGACAAUUCAUGUGCAGAAACACUUAACCUCAUGAUUUUUACUUGAUUAUUUUGUUGUUUAAAGAUAUGGUUCGUUAAAGAAAAUGUUUAUUGAUUAUUCCCUAAAAGCUUCUGUUGCUUCCCUUCCCUGUUGGUCUUUGAUGCCUUUGCCUGUGUGCUGGCUCUUGGAGACGGUGCCCGGGCACUGUGUGGUCAGACUCUAAGACGGCAUCAUGUCAGGAGGUGGUGCACCUUCCUGUGUGUGUUUUCAGUAACAGGGACAAAACAACGGAAUUGGUCAUUUUCUUCCUGGCCAACAUGUAUAUGUAUAGUCUGGGAAAGUAUAUUUUUUAAAAAAUAUGAUUUGGAGCAUUUUACAGAUUUACGCAACAUUCAUUGGGAUAAUGCAGGUUGUUUUUGUUGCUGUCUGAUAGUUUUGGGGACAGCUGGUUAGAGUGUGGCUCAGAAGCAUUUGUCGUAGGGCACUGCUCAGUGCUUGCAGCCGUUGUUUCUGCUUCUGCCCGUUCCCCACACCACAAUGGAGCUCUUGAAAGGGUUUUGUUGCUGUUGAUUUUGAGGUUAUAUGCCUCUUGUUACUUCUUAGUUUGCCUUAAAUACUCAUUUUCUAACUCUGCCAUUCUGCCUUUACUUUUUAGGAAUGUUUUCAAAGAAACUAUUUUAUAUUCAAUGUGGUGUGUUUAGUCCAUUGUGUUUGUAUUUAGUUAAGCUUCCCUCUCUCCUCAAGUAAUAUAUUUUACCAUUUUUGGAUUUAUAUAAAUGAAAAUUAAAUGUUUUUUUUUUUCUGAUAUUCUUGAACUCUGUAAGCCCAAGAUAGCCUUUUGAAGAUCUUUCUGAUAAAUAUAGGAUCUGCUUUUUGUUUGCUGUUCUGUGUAGUCCUUUGCAUGUAGAACUCAUGGUGUCUGGCCGUUGUAAAAAGGUGAGAGAACUUCGGGGCCCGUGCUGCCUUUACUGCCCAGCUCUCCUCGUAGCAUCGUUCAGGUGCUUAUAUGAUUCUUGAUCCUCACCUGGGCUUAAGGAGAAGUCAGUGUUGAUUUUG